AUGGCAUGGGCAGGGAGAGAGGCUUUCCAUGUUUAUGAUGACGACAAAUACCAUUCAUGGGAACUCGCAAUUCCAGAAGCCUUCCGCACUACGCUGGACGUGGGAUCACCCGAUGGAGGGCAUCAUAGUGAAACUGACCACAUCAUUGUUAGUAAAAGGUUAAGCUUGACGGAUGUUGCUGUUGUACCAAAGUUUUACAAGGGGUCGGACCAUCGCCUCCUCUGCGAAAGAUUUUCUUCCACAUGGAGAAGAGAAAAAGUCGCGAAGCGACUCGCUUUAAUCAAGCGUCAUUCAUCAUCUUCCAGGACCAUCAUCGACUUCUUCGCUUCGUUUGUCGGCUUUUGGAAAGAUACCGUCAUUGACAAAAUCGACGACGAAUAUGAACCUCUUCUAGAACAUCUUCACAAUUGUGCGAGAGAGGUGAAGAGUUUCAAAACCACCAAGAGACGCCUUUCUCCGGAAACUCUAGAGCCGAUAAGUAGCGAGCGCGAAGUUGCACGAACCGCAGGCAACAAAGAACUCCAAAGAAGACCUCAAAGAGAGAACAGCAGAAGUAUUGACUGA